AUCAUCCGCCGAGUCUUCAGAACCACUCCAGGCUCCGAACUCCCCCGCCUCCACUUUCCCACGCUCACACGCCAAACCAGCAUCACGCAGCCUCCAUCAACUCUCUCAAUCGAGGGAACUUCACCCCGCGGAGCAAUCCCAGCCCCGCUCCGACAGACCACUCCCUUUCUGGAGAGCAGCAAGCUGGGACGCAAGAGUCCACGCACGCUCAGGACAACUGGCUGCUGAACAGUAACAUCCCCCUUGAGACCAGGUAAGUCAUGUUCGGCUGGAGUGGUGUAAGCUGCUCUGUUUGUGCCAGGCAUCUAGUCCUCAUGAAGGUAGAGAAAAAGCUGAAAGUUAUUUCUAGGGCACCUGGUGAUGCGCCAGAGAAAUGAAUGGGGCUGACCGUAAUCCGGAGAUUUGGGCUUUGCACAUGUAUGUUCAUUAUCUCUAUCCAUGGAUAUAUUUUAUAGCGAUGCCUCCAGCUGUCCUGACAGUAUGAGGCCUGUUUCUCUGCCCUUCUGAAGCCCAACUUUUGAAUCAACAUUGCCCUAAGCUGGACCCUUUUUUCCACUUAGCCCAGAGCCAGCAGUGGCUCUCUCAGGUGUGAAUCAGCGGCAAUGAAUACAAUUUAUACUAAACAGAUCAAUAUUUGCAGAUGGAUUUCCUUUGCAUGGCGCGUUCCGAGCAUAACAUUUGCAUUUUCCUUAGCGCAGAAUUUCGUUUUUGCCGGGGUGCUGAAUGCAAACAUUUUCCCCAUCUGCUGCUUUCCCUCUUGUUGAGAGAAAGGGGUGGGUAGGCAGAGCUAUCUGCCCGCUCCCUCCUAUCUUCUCAAAGAGGACAGAUUGUCUUCAUUUUUGUUUGGCUUGCUCUACUGAGCGCUGAGUUGCCCCUCUGCUCUGCAGGAAGGUGUCGUGGGAAGCUUCGCUAACGCAGUGAUAACUUCAUGCCGUCGAGGUAUUCGUAGUGAGUUCCAUCACCUCUUUUUUCUAGGAAAAUAGCACUGGAGCAGAGUAUGUGUGGAAUCAAUCAGUCAAUAGAACAGUCCAGCAUUGUUUGUUCGGACUGGCAGCAAUUUUCCAGCUUCUCUAGUAUAAUAAUACAGUGGUACCUAUGGUUGCGAAGGGGAUCCGUUCUGGAGGCCCGUUCACAACAUGAGCAGAAUGCAACCCGCAGCGGCGUGUCUGCGCACCCACGGGUUGCAAUUCGCUGCUUCUGCGCAUGCGCGUUAUGUCAUUUUGCGUGUCUGCGCAUGCACGAGUGGCGAAACCCGGAAGUAACCCUUUCCGGUACUUCUGGGUCGCCGCAGGACGCAACCUGAAAGAAUGUAUCAUGAAGAAAACGUAACACAAGGUAUGACUGCAAUAAUAAUAAUAAUAAUAAUAAUAAUAAUAAUAAUAAUAAUAUAUUUAUACCCCAUCCACUCUGGGCAGCUUCCAACAGAAUAUUAAAAACACGAUAAAACAUCAAACAUUAAAAACUUCCCUAAACAGGGCUGCCUUCAGGUGUCUUCUAAAAGUCAGAUAGUUGCUUGUUUCCUUGACAUCUGGUGGGAGGGCGUUCCACAGGGUGGGCGGGCACCACUACUGAGAAGGCCCUCUGCCUGGUUUCCUGUAACUUGGCUUCACGCAGCGAGGGAACCGCCGGAAGGCCCUUGGAGCUGGACCUCAGUGUCCGGGCUGAACGACGGGGGUGGAGACGCUCCUUCAGGUAUACAGGACCAAGGCCAUUUAGGGCUUUCAAGGUCAGCACCAACACUUUGAAUUGUGCUUGGAAACGUACUGGGAGCCAAUGUCGGUCUUUCAUGGGACUUUUUCAUGCAGAGCACAUCGUCUGCCACUGAGUUAUGGCUCUUCCUUACUUUCAGUGGGGACUUAGUUUAGCUUUCGUUUCCUUUUUUUUUUAGUAGUAGUAGUAUCUUCAUAGCUUAUUCCUGACGCAUUUUUACUUGGACGAAGAGAAAGAGGAAAUUGCCUCGCAGUCGUCUUUCACAGUUUGGAAAUAUCAUCGGCAUUAACCGUAGCUUGUAAGGCUAUUUCCCCCAUUUAAAACGGGAAUGAGAAACAUAAAUUCAAAAUGGGCUUACGUGUGCGUGCGUUCUUUUGUAUAGCUUCGUCCCCCCGAAGCGGAAUAAAUCAAUAUCCUAUUUAAGAAACUGGAAUCAGUCAAUAUAUUGAAAAGAUUUAGCCUCCUAGCUGUGCCGAUCGCAGCGAGUAUAAUUGUAGUCUACCGUGCAGGAGAACUCGAUCUUGUUAAGACAUAAUGGGGGAGAUGUCAUCGGAUGCGUUUUCCGCUGCCUAAAAUAUUGCUCCGGCAAGUCUGGAACCCUAUAAAGCACCACAUCAAUCAAUUAGCAUCCUUCCCCAUUAGUCUCUCCCUCCACCUCCCCGAGUUCCUUCGCCACAUCUCUUUCCUUGCCUUCUGUCUUUGGAUAAUUGCAUGUUACAGGUGAGUCUUUAUUGCUCCUGAGAAACUCCCAUCACUUUUUAAAGUGUUGUCAACCACAGGUUGUCAGAAACUGCUGCAAAUGUACCCAGAGUCUAUGGGCACAUCUAAUCGGAUCUAAUUUGAGGGCCCUGGUGUGUUGACUUAAGGGUUUCUGACUUCUUUCCUGCCCACCCCCACCACCAUUUUGCCACUGAGCAUUGCAAUACUGCCAUCUAUCAGAUUGGGCUAUUUGUCCAUCUAAUUCAGUAUUGUCUGCUCGGACCAGCAGUAGCUUUCCAAGAUCUUAGACUGGGGCCUUUCUUAUGCUAGAACACUAAAAACCCAUCUAUACCAAAUGGAGCUGAGUGCUGGAAGGUUUGAGACAGACAAAAGAAAUUGCUUCUUCGUGAAGCUGAUAGGUAAACUGUGGAACUCUCUGCCACAAGAAGCAGUCUUGGCCACCGGCUUGGAUGGCUUUAAAAGAGGAUUAGACCAAUGCAUAGGGGGACAAGGCUAGACAUGGCUACUAACCACAUUGGCUGUGUUUUGCCUCCAUUGUUAGAGUUCGGUCCUGAAUACUAGUUGCUGGGAAUAGCUGGUAGCAGUGCAUUUUUUGCUCAGUCCUGCUUUCAGGCUCCUCACAGGCAGAAUGCUCUUACGCUACAUGAUCUUCUCAACUGGAGAUGCCAGGGACUUUGGGUCAAUUCAGCAGGAAAUUAGUUCCAGCCUUUCCUUGAAGCAAAUUGUUUCCUUGGAACUGUCCGUGGUGCUGAAACUGCUGCCUGACCAAACUACUGUCGGGCAUCUCACAUUUCUUGGAUUAUCAGUCUCUGUCACAACGGGCAUAUAUAAUAAUAUAAACCCCGCCCAUCUGGCUGGGUCUCCCAGGCACCCUGGGCAGCUUCCAACAGGAGAUUAAAAAUACAUUAAAACACCAGCCAUUAAAAAACUUCCCUAAACAUGGCUUCCUUCAGAUGUCUUCUAAACGUCAGAUAGUUGUUUAUUCCUUGGACAUCUGAUGGGAGGGCAUGGGGUGAAGCCACUACCGAGAAGGCCCUCUACCUGGUUUCCUGUAACUUUGCUUCUCGCAGUGAGGGAACUGCCAGAAGGCCCUCAGAGCUGGAUCUCAGUGUCCGGGCGGAACGAUGGGGGUGGAGACACUCCUUCAGAUAUACUGGGCAGAGGCUGUUUAGUGCUUUAAAGGUUAGCACCAACCCUUUGAAUUGUGCUCAGAAACAUACUGGGAGCUGAUGUAGGUCUUUCAAGACCGGUGUUAUGUGGUCUUGGCGGCCACUCCCAGUCACCAGUCUAGCUGCUGCAUUCUGGAUUACAGUCAUACCUCAUGUUACGGACGCUUCAGGUUACGUCUUUUCAGGUUGCAUCCCACGGCGACCCGGAAGUACCGGAAAGGGUUACUUCCGGGUUUCGCUGCUCACGCAUGCACAGAAGCGCAAAAUCAUGCUUUGCGCAUGCGCACAAGCACCAAAUCGCGCCACGCACCUGCGCAGAUACGGCGCUUCAGGUUGCACUCUUUUCAGGUUGCGAAUGGGCCUCUGGAACGGAUCCCGUUUGCAACCAGAGGUACCACUGUAGUUGUAGUUUCCAGGUCACCUUACUCCCCUGAAGACAUGGUGAGGGUUGCAAAAUACAGCAACUCAUCAGUCUGGCUGCUGCUAGGUGUUCAGUGACUGCACUGUUUUGUGGAUUUGACCUGUGGGAUGCUUCUCAGGAACAGGGAAGGCGAUUAAGACCCUCCCUCCUGUAGAGUGUUCUUACCUUUGUUCAAAGGCACACAUGCAACACUUUUCAAACUUGAACCACACAUGCAGUAGGAAAGAGGCAGAAAUGGGGCAGGACUUAGGGGUGGCCUGCAGUGUUCAGUUGCCUUGUGUCCCAUUUCCCUUUCUUCUCUGCUAUAUCUUGUAGCAUGAGGGGACUUGAUGGAGGUGUAUAACAUUUUGUGAGGCGCGAAUAAAGUUGAAUAAAGGGUUUCUCUCCCUCUCAUUACCGGAACACGGGAAAUCCAGUGAAACCGAAUGUUGGAAGAUACAAGGCAGGGGAAGAAAAUACACACAUCGCAGAGUUAAAGCCACUCCCACAAUCAGUAAUGAUGGCCACCAACUUGGAGGGAUUUGAAAGAUUAGACAGAUUCAUGGAAGAUAAGGCUGAUCAUAAGGCAGCCCUGUUUAGGGAAGCUUUUAAUGUUUAAUAGGGUAUUGUAUUUUAGUGUUCUGUUGGAAGCCACCCAGAGUAGCUGGGGAAACCCAACCAGAUGGGUGGGGUAUAAAUAAUAAAUUAUUAUUAUUAUUAUUAGUAUUAUUAUUAUUAUUAUUAUUAUCCUCAUCAUAGCUACUAGCUACAAUGGCUAUGUUCAGAGAUCUAUCUAUCACUUGCGGACAAUCGCAAGUGGGGAGGUUGCUACUAUGGCACCCGGUUCCUGCUUACAGACUUCCCAGGUUGGCUACUGUGAGACAAAGAUUCUGGACUAGGUGGGCCAUUGGCUUGAACAGCCAGGUGCUUCCUCCAUUCUGAGUAAUGACUUCACACCAUUCUUCCAUAUUACGUGGAAGACUGGAGCGAGCUGAGUUGGGUCCCUGUUUCAGCAUUGUUCCUUAUGAAGUCUAGCUGCUUGCUCCCUCAAGGCUUUUUAAAAGGCAUGAAUACAAAGAAUAUCACCCCCCAAAAGACUUAGGAACAUGUCCGAAUUUCAAAACUAAAGCCAUCGUUCUCUGCAGCUUUCUUCUCUCCUUCCUAUUUGAUUCCCCCCCCCUCAUCUUGGCUCAGAGGGCUGCCUCCUGCCCCCCUCCUCCGCUAAGCCCCUUCCUUCUUCUAUUUUGUUAUUGACGCUUGCAUUAAACAUUAUACAACCCAACAUCCUGCCUAGUGUUAUAUUGGCAAUCUCCCGCUGAAACGUACAGUUCCAUUGUAGAAACCCAUUUUUACACAGAGGCUUUUAACUACUGAUAAAUUCAUAUUUAUAUCCUCGCUGCUACCCUUCUUGAUGGUGCAUCCAUCAAAAGCACUCUUUUUUUUUUUUUACUGCCUUCUUCUUGGCAUACAACUUCUGAAUACGCCGUGCUUGGUUUUUAACGGUUUGCGAACUGGCGUUUCGGCUCACACAGCUCGAUCCUCUACACCUCAAAGCUAUAAACAUGAAUUGUGUUUCUCUUCUUGGGAUCAGGAAGCGGCCAAAGACUCGCCUUCCCAGCAAAGGCUGGCGAGAGUGGGGGAAAUGAAAAGAAACCAUUGCCCCUCACCUCUGCCAAGGGAAAGUGGGAUUCCCACCCCCAAAAUGAGAGCACUUUAUAGAGCAAAAGUGGGGAACCUGAGACUCUUCAGAUGUUGCUAGACUCCCUAAUGCCAUCACUUCCUGCCCCCAUGGCCAGUAGCCAGGGGUGAUGGGGCCUGGGGUCCCGCAAUAUGCAAGGCAGCAAAUUAAGUUUGGUUCCAGCCCUCAUAACACCUGACAACGCAAUGCUCUGUGAAAGGGAUGGGGCACCUGUGGCCUUCCCAUCAGCCCCAGGAAUUUAUUUUAUUUAUUGAAUUUAUUUGUUGUUUAGUUGUUUAGUCGUGUCCGACUCUUCGUGACCCCAUUAACCAGAGCAUGCCAGGCACUCCUGUCUUCCACUGCCUCCCACAGCUUGAUCAAACUCAUGCUGGUAGCUUCAAGAGCACUAUCCAACCAUCUCGUCCUCUGUCGUCCCCUUCUCCUUGUGCCCUCCAUCUUUCCCAACAUCAGGGUCUUUUCCAGGGAGUCUUCUCUUCUCAUGAGGUAGCCAAAGUAUUGGAGCCUCGGCUUCAGGAUCUGUCCUUCCAGUGAGCACUCAGGGUUGAUUUCCUUAAGAAUGGAUAGGCUUGAUCUUCUUGCAGUCCAUGGGACUCUCAAGAGUCUCCUCCGGCACCAUAAUUCAAAAGCAUCCAUUCUUCGGCGAUCAGCCUUCUUUAUGGUCCAGCUCUCACUUCCUUACAUCACUACUGGGAAAACCAUAGCUUUAACUAGAUGGACCUUUGUUGGCAAGGUGAUGUCUCUGCUUUUUAAGAUGUAAAUCCAAGCCAGUAGGUUUUGGUAAAGCUGGAAAGGAAGAGCCUACAAGGCUGAAAGCAUCACAGAAACUUUCAUAUAAUAACAAAAAUAAUUUAUUAUUUAUACCCUGCCCAUCUGGCUGGGUUUCCCUAGCCAUCCAGGCAGCUUAUUUCAAGAUAGGAAGGCUGUCCUCUAAUGUUAGGGCAUUCAUAGUAAACUACUGCUGUCAGGAAUCUCCUCCGCUCCAGCCUCAUUUGCAUAUCAAGGUAUGAUCACCCUGUUUACAUGGUCGCUUAUUCUUGGAUGAAAUAAGGGUUGACUCAAGAGCUCCUGACCUCGCCGGGAGUGACCUUUGUUGACUUGUUUUCAAUUGGCUCCAGUGUCUGAUUCAGCUUUUGAAUUUUAACCAAACCAGAGGUUGACGUGAGUUCAAGGGUGCUUAUUCAGGGGAUGUGUACAGGGCAUAAUUAUGUUGUCUGCCUGUUUUCCUGGAUAAAAUGAAUUGGUACUGAUGUGUCUCAGGCUAUAUACAUUCGGAGUGAAAAAACGAGACACAGAAUUGUAACUCUUGAAUGUUUCUUGAACUAUGCGUUCCAGCAAUACAAGGUAAGGAUAUUUGGCGGGGGGGCGGGGGGCUUGUCUUAGGCGUUAACAAUUCUCCUUGCAGCGGCAACGUGAAAUGUAACCCAAAAGAAGAAAGAGAAUGAGAUUCAGUCUGAUUGAAUUCUUAUCUGCGGAUCGGCAAGAAUAGGGUUUCUCUAGAAAGAUUAUUGACUGACUGGCGUAGUCUGUCUUCUUGCCGGAGCACCCACAGAGCCAGACUCAUUACUAGGGACGCUUGCUGCGCGAAAUUAAGACGUCCAGUGGAUUAGAUAGAUUCAUGCACGAUGGGUUUGGACAGCUGCGUUGGCAGCAAAGCCAUGAAAUGUGAACAUAGGCACCAAACAAUGUUUUGUGCUCACAGAUCUGUGUGUAUAUGUGUGUGUGUAGAUAUAGCUACCAAUUGCAUUGGAUGUCUGAAAUCUGAUGGAUGUCGUCAUUUACCUGUGACCGUUGGCAAUCCCAGAUGAAUUCUGCGAAUGUCUGAAAACUCAAAAGAGGAUAACGCGGCUGAGUGUUCCUAUCACCCGAGUGUGAUGGUUGCCAUUCACCGACAAAAGGAAUUUUCACACAUUCCCAAAGUUCGUGCCGGGUCGCCGGCCUUGAGACGUGAAUGCGAACAUUCAGCAAACGUUAAGAUAUCCGUGGCAAUACACACACGUAUAUAUUCUUGUGUGUGUGCAUACAUAGAGUAGAUAUGUGUAUAUAUGGAAGUGAACAUUCACAAAUGCUAUAUAUGUAUAUGUUGUAACAUGCUAUACAUAUCAAUGAGUGGCCCAUCAUUCUAAUCCCAUGCACAGCUGCACUUAUAACCAUUUGUGGGUUUAUGAGGUCACACUUCAUAGAUGCAUGUCUCACUUGGCUUCAUUCAUGUUUCCAUAUGUAUGUAGAAACAUAGCAAAGCAGACAUUCCUAGAGACUUUGCAGGACAACCUCAUUGAGAUGGACAUUCUCACCUCCUCCCGACAUGACGGUGCUUUCAAUGAUGG